GAAAAUGAUUUCGUUUUCAUCGGUUUCUUACUGUGGUAUAGUCUUAUCACUGAAAUCCUUGCAGAGAAAUGUAAUUUGGGUUGCAAAAAUUGUGUUGCAGUGGUAACUGCACUUGAAUCAAUCGCAAUUUUAACCGACAACCAGUUUUUCUCAAAAUGAGUGUCUAUUUUACAUUAUUUGUUAAUUUUAUUCUGUCCUUUUUCGGAUUUUUAAUAAUUUAUAGAAUCAUUCCUAGAUUUAGAGAUAUGUUUCUUAAAGCAAACUUAUACGGACAUGAUCUUGGAAAAACAAAACGGGACAAAAUACCAGAAGCAAUGGGUGUAAUUUGUGGAUCUGUAUUUCUCAUUAUAAUGUUUAUUUUUAUACCCAUUCCAUUCAUUCAGUACUGGACAACAAAUACAGCUGUGUCAUUUCCUCAUCAUCAGUUUGUUGAACUUGUGGCUGCAUUGUUAUCCAUUUGUUGCAUGCUGUUCUUAGGCUUUGCAGAUGAUGUUUUAGAUUUAAAAUGGCGCCAUAAGUUGCUGCUUCCUACAAUGGCCUCCUUGCCUUUACUCAUGGUUUACUAUGUUACAUACAAUAGCACUACUGUCAUAAUUCCUAAACCCUUCAGAUUGUUGAUUGGAAAAGAUGUUUGGUUAGGUCCUUUAUAUUAUGUGUAUAUGGGCAUGCUAGCAGUGUUUUGUACGAAUGCCAUAAAUAUACAUGCUGGAAUUAAUGGUUUGGAAGUUGGUCAAUCAGGAGUGAUAGGUGCUUCAAUUGUUAUUUUUAAUACAAUUGAACUUUUUGGGGAAUGUUGGAAAGCUCACCUUUUCUCGUUAUAUUUUAUGCUUCCAUUCCUCUCAACUACAUUUGGUUUACUUUAUUAUAACUGGUACCCUGCAUCAGUUUUUGUCGGUGAUACAUUCUGUUAUUUUGCUGGGAUGACCUUUGCUGUUGUUGGGAUUUUAGGACAUUUCAGCAAGACAAUGCUUUUGUUUUUCAUUCCACAGAUUAUAAAUUUUCUAUUUUCCUGCCCUCAGUUGUUUCACUUUAUUCCAUGUCCUCGCCACAGACUGCCAAAGUACAAUAAGGAUACUGAUUUGAUGGAAAACAGUACUGUGAUUUUUAAACCAAAAACUUUAAACAUCAUUGGUCGAUUUUGUUUGAACAUUGCAAGGUUAUUUAGACUGAUAACAUAUACUGAAAAACUUAAGGAUGGAGAAGUUUUUGCUGAAAGCAGUAAUUUUACUUUGAUUAAUUUCAUGUUGAAAGUUGCUGGUCCAACUCAUGAAAGAAAACUUACUUGUUAUCUUUUGUCAAUCCAGGUGCUUUGUACAUGUUUUGCUUUUUGUGUAAGAUAUGGCCUUUCUCGAGUCUUCUAUGAUUGAAAACCUAGUGAAAAUGCCAAUUCAGUCAUCAUUUAAACUGGAAAUUUUUUGAUAGUCAAAUGAAAAUGCAUUUUAAAUGCAUUGUUUAUCAAUGUGUUACAAGUGGUGCUCAUUACUUUGAUUUCCGUACAUGUUAUUGUUUAACUCAAUUAGAAAAAGAGUAUCUCGUGCUGUACUGUCUUUUUUGUAACUGAACUUGAAAAAAAUAUAUUUGAUACUCAUGUUGUCUGUGAUAAAUAAUCAACAAUAGUGUACAAGUUGAAAUAAUACAAAUUAUUGUGUUUAUUACAUUGACCCUCCUCUAAUAGCUGUCAUGUUUCAAGUAAAUAGUUUUCUGCCUGUUGAAUUUAUUUUCAUGUUCAAGUUCCACAAUUAAAAAUAUGAAUUUAAUCCAAUAUCAAAACAGAAAAAUAUAACCAAGUAGAAAACUUUUGAAAUCAAAGCUUGGAUAGAAUCUUUAGUAACUCUUUGUCCCCUAAAAUCAGUUCAUUUAACCCUUCUUUUACUUAGCUUUUUUUUUAACCGUACAAAACUUUAUUAUCUUUAAAACUGCCCAUUUAAUAUUAUUUGGCAUUACAAUUUUUUGGCUUUUGCAAAAGUCCCCUCCCCCCUCUCCAAACUCUGAUGAAUCGCAUAUCAUUAUUUAUAUUAGGGAAAGCAUUUUUUUCAGAAUUUCAUAAGCCUGAUUUAUAAUUGGCUCAUGAACUCUUUCUCCCUUAUAUGUGCUGAAGCACCUAUUGAUUGGCAUAAUUUGGGCCAGUCUAACUAUCUAAACUCCACAAUUUAGAGCCCAAUUUAAAAAGACAUUGUCGAGUAAAUCUCAUAGGGUUUCCGAUAUCUGUCUAUGAUAUUGCGUUGCCUAUUCUACUUCUUUGGUUUGAAAACUUGAGACCUAUUAAGAAUAGAAAUAACAUUAUUUAACUUCUUUUUGAUAAGAUACUAUGUAACAUGGGGAAAAUAAAUAAAUUAUAAAUAGAUUUUAUGAAGAAAUUAAAUUUUGAAUUUACAUUUGUCUGCAGUUGCUCAGCAUUCAACAUUAGUAGUGGUAAAAAAUACAUAUAUUGUCCAUUACAUCUUUAUUUCUUGUGCAAAUUAGUUAUGUGUAUACUGUGGGAUGUACUAUACUCGCUAUGUAUAUUUUUUUACAUGAUUCCCAUGUAUGUUUAAAAACUGUAAAUAAAUAUUUAAGAUUUAAAA